GUUGACGCCAAUGUUCGAGGAGAUUAGAGAAAGCAAAGAGCAAAUCCCCGAAGAAACUGUUAAAGCUUUGGUCUCGCUGAAAGAAGCUUUGGUUUCGGCUAAGGAGUUACUCAGGUUCGGCAGUGAAGGCAGCAAGAUUUACCUGACAUAUUACUGCCUGCUCUGUUUCCGGAGGUUCUUUGAGGUUGUGAAAUUGAGAGUGAAUGGAGGAAAAAGAGGAGAGAUGGAAAGGGAAAGGAGCCGAGAGGUGGUGCUUGGUACUAGUAGCAUACCCAAUAUAUGGAUCCUAAGUUUCUUGCCUUGGUGAUAACUUUUUGAACAUUUUGGCAGAAGCGAUGAUACUUAAUUGGGUGGUCAUAGUUACUGUUUUCGCUUUGGAUUUCAAGCUGGAAUUGUAUUACAACACUGUUUUUUAGGUUCUGGUUGAGAUUGACAGUGAUGCUCUUGCCUACUAAGAAAAUUACGGUCUCAGAAAAUCAAUCCUUGAAAAUGGCCAAUGAUUGUAUUAUUCUUAUAUUUGGUCACUGUAUAAUUUGAGAUGGAAGCCAUGAGUUCAUAGCCUCCAUAGAAGGUUCUAGAGAGGGAUCAGAUUAUGCAUAAAUUUCAUGAAGUGACAGCUCGGGUGGAGCAAGCUUUGAGUGGAAUUUCGUAUGAGAAUCUUGACAUAUCAGAUGAAGUUAAGGAACAGGUGGAGCUUGUUCUAGCUCAGUUCAGGAGAGCUAAAGGAAGGGUUGAUGUUCCGGAUGUUGAACUGUACGAGGAUCUAUUAUCACUCUACAAUAAAAGCAACGAUGCUGCAGCAGAUCCAGAUGUUCUAAGGAGAUUAGCCGAGAAGUUACAAUUGGUUGGGAUAGCUGAACUUACGCAAGAAUCACUAGCUCUACAUGAGAUGGUUUCUGCCAGUUGUGGAGAUCCUGGGGAAACAUUUGAAAAGAUGUCAAACUUACUAAAGAUAAUCAAGGAUUUUGUACAGACAGAAAAUCCUAAUUUGGAUGCUUCUGCAAGGGAAAAGAAUCUUCCUAGUAGUAGUGGGCAAGCAACCACUGAUGGAAAUCAUAAGACUCCAGUUAUACCAGAUGAUUUCCGCUGUCCAAUAUCCCUGGAGUUGAUGAAGGACCCUGUCAUUGUUUCCACAGGGCAGACUUAUGAACGUUCUUGCAUUGAGAAAUGGCUGGAGCAAGGUCAUGGAACAUGUCCAAAGACACAACAGACCCUCAGUAGCCCUGCUCUUACGCCCAAUUAUGUAUUGCGUAGUCUAAUAGCUCAAUGGUGUGAGGCAAAUGGCAUUGAGCCGCCUAAAAGACCCGGUAGUUCUCGACCCAAUAAAACCACAUCUGCCUGCUCACCCGCUGAACGUACCAAGAUUGAAAUUCUCCUCCGUAAGCUUGCAUCCAGCAGUCCUGAAGAUCAAAGAAUGGCUGCAGGUGAAAUCCGUCUUCUUGCCAAACGAAAUGCAGAUAAUCGUGUGGCCAUUGCUGAAGCUGGGGCCAUACCUCUCCUUGUGACCCUCCUUUCGACACCUGAUUCACGGACCCAAGAACAUGCUGUAACAGCACUUCUUAACCUUUCCAUUUGUGAAGAGAACAAAGGAAGUAUCAUAUCUUUUGGAGCAGUUCCCGGUAUAGUCCAGGUGCUUAAGAAGGGAAGCAUGGAAGCUAGAGAGAAUGCAGCAGCUGCCCUCUUCAGCCUCUCAGUAGUGGAUGAAAAUAAGGUGACAAUUGGUGCCUCAGGAGCAAUUCCUCCCCUAGUGACAUUGCUAAGUGAAGGCACACAAAGGGGGAAAAAAGAUGCAGCAACAGCACUCUUUAAUUUGUGCAUUUACCAAGGGAACAAGGGAAAAGCAGUGAGAGCCGGAGUUGUCCCAACAUUAAUGCGUUUGUUGACAGAACCUGGAGGAGGAAUGGUGGAUGAGGCUUUAGCCAUACUUGCAAUACUCUCAAGCCACCCGGAAGGUAAGUCUGCCAUAGGAGCAGCAGAGGCAGUGCCAGUUUUGGUAGAUGUUAUUGGUAAUGGAUCUCCUAGGAAUAGGGAGAAUGCAGCUGCGGUUUUGGUGCACCUCUGUGCCGGAGACCAACAGCAUUUAGCAGAGGCCCAGGAACUAGGAGUGAUGGGUCCUUUGAUGGACUUGGCUCAAAAUGGUACAGAUAGGGGGAAGCGGAAGGCUGCUCAAUUGCUUGAGCGCAUGAGCAGGUUUGUUGAGCAGCAAAAGCUUGCACAGGCGCAAGCUGGGGCCCAAGCUCAACAGUCCCAGUCUCAGUCUCAAUCUGAGAUUCAACAACCACACCCACCCUCUGUGGCAUACACUGUUGAUAGAUGAGGUUCAAAUUGCCUUAAUUUUUGUUCCUUUUAUCACCUUGUUUGUUUUUCAGUAUUGAAGGAGGCGGCUUUGCUUCAGAGAUGAAUGAUCACCUAUCAAACCUGUAAGUUAUUCAUUUGUUUGUGUGGAAGAAUACAUUAUUCAUAGAACCUUCAAAGUUCCCAAAAGAUAAAGGGAAGUGAAAGGAAAGAAAAGAAAAGGGCUGAUUUGUACUUGACAUGAACUUGAAUUUGUACCAUUAUAGCAUGUGUUACGACGGUAAUCAUCCUCAGUUUUUAUACGAGAGAUGUUUUCCAAA